GGAGUAACGUGCGGCAUUUUGUACUGGAUCAACUGUCCAGCCACGCUAGGUAGCAGUGAUUCACAGAAGAAAUUUUAUUUUUAAACAUACUUUGGAAGAAUAAAAUUGGUACAAUUUCAAUACAAGGAAAAGUUUAGUUCAUUUUUAUUGUGAUACUGACUGGGUUUGUAGUCUACAAGCUGCAUACAGGCGCGGGAAUGUUGUCAUUUUGUGUUUUGAAUUAGGCCCAUGACUGCAACGGAAUGCAGAAUACCUGAGCGAUAAUUUUGCUGAGUGGAUAUCAACGGUUUUCACAACGUGAGGCUGCAAGAUGUCUGGAAUUUCUGCAUCAGAAACAAGUGGCACUGAAAAGCAGUAUGGAAUAACUUCACCCAUAAGUCUAGCAGAGCCUAAAGCUAAGGACAUAACGCUGGACAAGCAGCUAGAGGAAGCCUUGAAGUCCUUUGAUAUUUUCGAAACUCAAGAAGAGAUACAACAUCGAAUGGUCGUUUUGGGUCGUCUAAAUGAAAUUGCAAAGCAAUGGAUUAUCGAUGUUUCGCUCUCCAAGAACAUGCCCGAGAAUGUCGCCAAAAAUGUUGGCGGGAAGAUCUUCACCUUUGGCUCUUUUCGACUCGGUGUUCACACCAAAGGUGCUGAUAUCGAUACCCUGUUGGUAGCUCCGAGACACGUUGAGCGAUCAGAUUUUUUUCAUUCGUUCUACGAAUUUCUCAAGGAUAGGGAAGAAGUCAAAGAUCUUAGGGCUGUCGAAGAGGCAUUUGUGCCUGUGAUGAAAAUGCAGUUCGAUGGUAUUGAGAUCGAUUUGCUAUUUGCUCGCUUGGCCCUUCCCACGAUACCCGAUGAUUUAAAUUUACUGGAUGAAAGUCUUCUAAAGAACUUGGAUCCAAAAUGCGUGCGAAGUUUGAAUGGUUGCCGUGUCACCGACGAAAUUUUGAGUUUAGUUCCAAACAGAGAACAAUUUAGGAUGACUUUGCGAUCAAUCAAGCUAUGGGCAAAAAAUCAUGGAAUCUACUCAAAUGUAAUCGGUUUUCUUGGUGGUGUGUCCUGGGCAAUGCUCGUUGCGCGAAUUUGUCAAUUGUAUCCAAAGGCAGUGGCUGGCACAUUGGUUUGGAAAUUUUUUCGUAUUUAUUCGCAGUGGAAAUGGCCACAGCCAGUUCUAUUAAAAGAAAUUCCAAAAGAAAAUAAACUGGGCUUCACUGUCUGGGAUCCACGUACCAACCCCACCGACCGUUACCAUUUGAUGCCGAUUAUCACCCCUGCAUAUCCGCAACAAAAUUCAACAUACAACGUUUCUGUGUCAACGCUUACCAUUAUGAAAGAAGAAUUCCAGUCAGGUCUGAAGGUCAUGGAUGAAGUUUUUGCAGAUAAGGCUGAAUGGAAAACACUUUUCGCGUCAUCGAAUUUUUUCCAUAGAUAUAAGCAUUACAUAGUUCUUGGGGCAUAUUCAGACGUAGAGGAAAGUCAUUUAGAAUGGGCUGGUCUCGUAGAAUCUAAAGUCCGUAUUUUAGUCGGCAUGUUAGAAAAGAAUCAGUAUGUAAAACUUGCGCAUGUCAACCCGUCGUCAUAUGGUCCUCUUGAAAACCCGGAACAAGAAGAAAAACCGAAUGUUCGCCGAUGGUUUAUUGGACUCGAGUUUCGAAAAGUUGAUCAAACAAUCAACGUUGAUCUAACUCCAGAAAUUCACUAUUUUAGAAACACAGUUGAAAAACAGGCCUUGCAAAGUGCAAUAUACAAAGAGGGCAUGCGCAUAGAAGCAAAGCACGUCAAAAAAAAGCAACUUCAUCAAUUUCUCCCAAACUCGGUUUUAAGAAUUAAAAAGAAAAGCUCGACUACUAGUCAAGCUGGCACUUUGAAAAGACAAGCUUCGGAUGCUUCAUUGAAACCGCUGGACGACAGCUCGUGUGAUGUUGAAGAAGCUGCCCCAGAUAGUCACAAGUCUGAUCAAACUUUAGAAACCGACAAUGGUUCUUUAGAGGAAAAUAGAAGCUCAGUAGAUAGCGGGAUUUCUAUUGAUGCGUCACAACAAGUUGGUGUUAAAAAACGCGGUAUUAAACGACCCAGUUCACCGUUGGAUGAAGACGCAAGUCCGAUUAAAAAGAUCCGAGAACAGGCAGACAGCGGCAAUUAUAACAGCCAAGAUGCGUUUGAGGACAGAGUUGGGGAUUUGCUAGAUAACCAAUCGCAAGAUUCUUCAACAGAAAGCCACGUUGCUAAGAAUUCAAUCAAGCUGACCCUGAAGGAAUAGAUGUACGGGAAAAGCAUUAUCAGAAAUAUGCAUAAACGCAGUCUUCUUACUGGUUGGAACUGGCAGAUCGUGAAUUAGAGCAUGGGAAGUUCAAGCCAGCUUUCAAAUGAAGUUCAUUACAACUACAGUCGUUACCCAGUUUCAUUGUUCACAUUCACUGCCCUAUCUGCCAUUGAGGAGCAUUCUAAUUUACCAUAGCUCCGAGCUACUAUUAAAAGGAGCCUUUCCAGUUUUUUCCGUGUCUGCAAGAGAAGGUUUAGUUUGAAUCGUUUUAGUGUAGUUCUUCUUUUAGUCACAAAUACAGAUAUUUUGAUCCAAAUCUCUUUCCAAUGUAUUUUUCGUGAACCCUACUCUAUUCUGAUAUUAUAGGAAACAGAUAAACUGCUUCGUAAAAAAUCUGUAUUUUUGUUGGUUAUAUUAUUUAUUCCUUAAGUAUCAUCUUCGUUACUUAUAAACUUCAGUCUCUUACCGAAGACAUGAUACAGAUGAUCAGAUCACAAUCGUCUUUCUUCCAUUCUCUUCUUCUUAGAAAUAAUUUUGUUAACAGAUGCUGUUGUUUUUAUAAAUUCUCAGAAAUUAAGUUGUAAUGAUAUAACAAAUUAUGUUUUGCAAGACUUACAGGGGCCUUAUUGUGAAGGAAUGUAAAAAAAUUAGAAAAAAAAACAGAGAAAAGAUAGGAAAAUAACAACAAAUUAUAUAUUAUCUUGAAUAGCCAGCACAUUAAGCAAAAUUUUUAGACAAGUUUUUCCCUUGCUUUAUGUAAAUUUUUUAAUGAGUUAGAAGAAGUCCCAGCUAACACAAUUUGGAUCUCAUUAUUCAAUUUUUCCUCUUAUUCAAACUAGGAUUGUCCUUUUAGAGGUGUAAAAUGAUAAAUCAUGGAAGCUGUCUAAAUUACUGUCUGCAAUGUAGUUUUGGUUUAAUUUAACUGUAGUUUGUAUCUGAUAAAGACAAAUCUUGUUGCUUGGUUGAAAACAGUACAGUUACUGAGCUAUCAAUGAUCUAAAGCAAAGAUUAAUAGACAUGUUAAAUGAUAGGGAGUUUUGAGUUGUUUUGAAUCAUGA